UUACCAACGGAGCCUUCUCCAGGAAGACUCGAGUCCAUCCACUCUCUUCCGCAGUCCCGCAGUGUGCCAGACACGCACGCACGCACGCACAGUGCAGCCGGCUCGCCGGCGGAGGGAGAGAACCGGAGAAAGGGGAAUGCCUCGGCGGUGAUCGCACCUGAUAGGAGGGGCAAGUCGCCGGUGCAAGGGGUUCCGGCGUCGGCCGCCGUCGACGGGUUAGAGGGCGCCAGGCGCCGGCGGUGGAGUGGGCCUAGGCGACCGCCGUGUAGGGGAAUGGCGAGGCUGCGAAGGAGGGGGAGGGGGAGGUGGAGGGGCGUGAGGUGGCUGAGCCAUUACUCAUCGGGGCAAAGCAUUCUGAUCGUCGGAGACGGGGAUUUCUCCUUCUCGCUGGCUCUCGCCGCCGCGUUCGGGACCGGCCGGAACAUCGUCGCGACGUCGCUGGACUCCUAUGAGGCUCUGUCUCGCAAGUAUAGCAAAGCACAAUCAAAUGUAAUGGAGCUGAAGAAAAGGCGCACCACGGUUUUGCAUGGUGUUGAUGCGGAGACGAUGAAGGGUCAUUCUAAUCUGAAGAUGAGACUAUUUGAUCGGAUUGUCUUUAAUUUUCCUCAUGCUGGAUUCCAUGGAAAAGAGUGUGAGAUGCAUGUUGUCAGGUUGCAUAGGGAGCUUGUGAAGGGGUUCUUUGUCAAUGCACGAGAGCUGCUUCAGCCGGAUGGUGAAAUCCACAUUAGCCACAAGACAGGAUAUCCUUACGACGGGUGGAGUAUCGUGCAACUUGCCUCCGAAUCUUCUCUGGCUAUGAUUGACAUAGUUAGUUUCCAGAAACAAGACUACCCCGGCUAUAGCCCAAAGAGAGGAAAUGGUUCAAAGUCCAACAAUACUUUCCCUCUUGGUGACUGCAACACAUACAAGUUUGUCGCGAAACAUAAUGUUGCUCAGGGAGAACAUGCAUGCCACUGCUAUAUGUGCCGAGAUAGGUAUUUCUCGCCAUACUUUGACUAUGCGAGUGGUCUCGCCACACUCGGAGUUGGGCAUGGGGGGCACCUUGCAUAUUGGUGAAAUUCAGUGAACUGGUCGUAGUAGUACGUACUAAGGGUGUGUUAACAAACUAGUUCUGAAACCUGGGAUGCCUUUGGUGAACUUGAUGUGGGACGACUUUUCAUGUGGCGGAGCACCUUUGAACUUCCAUGGUCCAUGGACAAUCAUAUCACUGUGUAACUGACUAGAUGUAACGUUGAAUUAAAGUAUGAACAAGAUUGUGGUGAUGUAAAUGCAAGCAUUUCUG